CUCGGCCCCACUCGGCGCGGUGUGCAGUGUGUGUUUACGUCUCCAGCUCAGCGCCGCCGCCGCUGUUCCGUGGCCAGCUGCCGCACACGAGCCUCCACCCGCAGCCUCAGCUGGCCCGAUGUGAGCUGCCUCGCCACGAAUCCUUCGCGGAUUGUCUUGCGGGCGCCUUCGCGUGGUUCGUGACGCCGAAGCGGAGCUAUCAUGAAUAAGGAAAUCAUGUCAAGGGUGGUGAAGAAGAGGCAGGCGGACCCCAAGGUGGUCCAGUAUGUGUGGGCGUCCAUCGAGGUAAUCCGCAACCAGAAACAAAUCGCUAACAUGGACCGGAUCUCCAAGUACCUGAGUCGCGUGUUUGGCAUGCACCCUAAAGAGACUGCCCGACAGCUGAGCCUGGCCGUGAAGGACGGCCUGGUAGUGGAGACCCUCACCGUUGGCUGCAAGGGCUCCAAGGCCGGCAUCGAGCAGGAAGGAUACUGGCUGCCCGGGGAUGAGAUGGAGCCGAAAGCCGAGGGAAGCAAGGACUGGGAGGCCGAGAGCCACGACUGGUACUGCUUCGAGUGUCACCUGCCGGGCGACGUCCUGGCGUGCGACAACUGCUUCCGGGUCUACCAUCUCAAGUGUCUGUCGGAGGAGUGCAAGCCCCGAGACGGAGGGUCGCACUGGCAGUGCGUCGCCUGCAGGGGCAGUAAAAAGAAGAACCUGAACAAACAGGAGAUGUGUAAAUACCUGCGCUUCAUCGUCCAGCGGAUGAAGGAGAGGGCGAUGGACCUGAACAAGAAAGGCAAAGACACUAAACAUCCCAUGUACAGACGACUCAUCCACACCGCGCUGGACGUGUCCAACAUCCACGAGAAUCUGUCUGAAGGAAAGUACAAGAGCUUCGAGGAGUUCAAAGCAGACGUUCAGCUGAUUGUUCACAACACAGCCAUCUUGUAUGGAGUUCACAGUGACCAGGCAGAGAUUGCGCGGUUGCUCCACAGCGACACAUGUCAUGAGUUGAACGAGUUGUUGUUGUGUAAGAACUGUUUCUACCUGUCGAACGCUCGACCUGACAACUGGUUCUGUUACCCCUGUAGUCCGAGUCAUGACCUGGUCUGGGCCAAGAUGAAAGGUUUCGGCUACUGGCCGGCCAAAGUCCUGCAGAGGGAGGACAACCAGGUGGACGUGCGCUUCUUUGGACACCAGCACCAGAGAGCGUGGAUCCCUGCAGACAACAUCCAGGACAUAAAGGUGAGCGUCCAGCAGCUGCAGGUGAAGCGCAGCAACGGUUGGAAGAAGGCGUGCGAGGAGCUCGAGGUGUACCAGCGUUUCCUGAGGGAGGGACGCUUCUGGAAAACAAAGAUGGACGAAGGCAGCAGCACGCCACACCAGCAUCACCAACAGAGCCAGAGUCAGCGGCAGCAGGAGGAGGAGGAGGAGGAGGAGGAGGGGGGGGAAGAGGAGGAGGAGGAGGGCGGCGGUGGUGGAGGCGGUGGCGGCGUGAGGACGGACAGACUAGAGCGGACAGACGAAGCGGAGUCCAGCAUCUCGUCCACGAGCAACGAGCAGGUCCGACAUCUCAAAAGCAGCCUGGAGCCCAAGGCGAAGAAAAGCCGCCGGACUCAAGUAGUCGAGCCCAAAGACGAAGUCAGUGACCCGGAGCCGGAGAUGGAGGCGGUGAGCUCCAGCCAGGAGAUCCCCGUGUCCUCGGUGCCGCCGCAGCCCGAGAAGCUGUCGGUGUCAACGCAGACGAAGAAAGCCGGCGGCGGGUCGCCGCGCACGCUCCACCGCGGCACCCAGACCAACAGCGACGGCGCCUGCCAGAACAUGUGCCACGAGAAGUACACCAAGGUGUUCAACGACGUCAAGGAGAUGAUGAAGGCUGACAACAAGCGGGAGACGGAGCGGGUCGUCCGAGAAGCUCUGGAGAAGCUCCGGGCGGAGAUGGAGGAGGAAAAGCGCCAGGCGGUGAGCAAGGCGGUGGCCGGCGCUCAGGCGGAGAUGGAGAGGAAGUGCAAGCAGGUGAAGGACAAGUGUAAAGAGGAGCUGGUGGAGGAGGUGAAGAAGCUGGUGGCCCAACACAAACAGCUCAUCUCGCAGACCAAGAAGAAGCAGUGGUGUUACAACUGCGAGGAGGAAGCCAUGUACCACUGCUGCUGGAACACCUCGUACUGCUCCAUCAAGUGUCAGCAGGAGCACUGGCACGCCGACCACAAACGAACCUGCCGCCGGAAGAGAUGAACCAAGGAGCCCCACCCUCUCUGACCCAACUCCUCCCUCCCUCCCUCUCCCCCGACACAGCGCGCCAUUGGCUCUUGCCCAACUCCUCCGCCUGUCAGUCAGUGUCCACAACACACACACACACACACACACACACACACACACCUGCUUCUCCACUUGCCUUCCUUGAAAACUUUGUGGACUCGAGUUUUUUUAUUUUAUUUCCCUUUUUGUUCUCAUUUUGUUUCUGUUAUUUAACGAACCCAUUGUAUUGUUUUCUCUUUCUAUGCUUUCUUUCAUUUUUUCCCCCCCGUUCUGAAUCAUGAACAGAUUUUUUCACGAGUAAUUUUGUGUUUUUCUUUCUUUAAGUUUUUGUUUUGUUUGUUUCUUUACUGAAGUGCCGGAGAACGUGUUAUUUAAAGUGUGUCGUGACAGUUGAUACGUUUUAUUACCUGAAUUUUUUAAAAGAAUCACUUUUCUUACUGGACAAUGCAUCAAACACGAAGUCGAACUUGUAAAAAAAUUAAAAAUUAAAAAAAAAUACCGUUAGUACUAUUGCUGCAUCGAACUCGCUCUGCUUUCAUAGAGAAAACAUAUUCAACAAAAAAAACAACAACUAAAAACUGCAUAAGAUUCUGAAUUAUGGCAGAUUUUAUUGUUCUUUUUGUGUAUUUUUCAUGAAACUAUUGCAGUGGAUGGCACCUUUUAUCAUUUCUACCUAAAAAUCUUUUAUUGUCCUCGAGUCACUUAUUGGGAAACAGGGUCACGAGUUCGGCCUUAAAAAGACGCCGACGAAAAACUAAAAUCUUCCAUGUGUAGUUAUUGGAAUUAAUAUUAAUAUGCACAAUUCUGUGUCGUCAUUGUUGUUUUUUUUAAACAGACUAAUUUUCACCAGUCGGAUAUAUUCAAAUUAAAAGUGAAAUAUCAAAAUUUGGGGAAAUGUACAGCAAUCUUUCUUGAGCUGGAUCUUGGAGAGGUUUCAUGAUUUGAGUUUUUUUUGUGUUUUUUUUGCAUAUUGCAUAUUGUAAUAUAGCUACGCCCCCCUCAACAAAAAUUACAAUAAAAAAAUGUAAAGAUCUAACAUUUUGUCGCAACUACCUGAGAAACCUGGUGAGUCCUCCCUCCCCUCAAAAAAGAAGUACGAAUAUUUUUCUGAGCGUCGCCAGUGUCAUUUUCUUUUCUUUUUUUUACAGUAAUUAUACUCUCAAAAAAAAUAUUUUUCUUUUUUACCCUGAAGUGUAAAGUUAAAGUAUGAGACUCUUUCACUGCUUAUGUUGUAGUUGGUGGUCAGUGCCUGUUUCUCCUCCUCCCAGUGAGGCGUCGUGCAUGUUCAUAGCUUCCAUUGUCUUUAUUUAGUUUUUUUAUUCAUUCACUCAUUACGGUAAAAAAAACAACAAAACAAAAAAAACUAAUUGAAGCUCGCUGGUUUUUGAUCAGCUGAGAAGACGGAUGGACCAAUACAAAACAUUAUGCAAAUGUGAAUGAUCAAAUGAAUCUUUUCUACGCGUGUCCCUGCGCUGGUGUUGAUUGUUUAUACAUAUGGUGCUUGGAUUUUUGUUUCCUUCUUCUUCCGCCUCUUCUUCUUCGUCAAUGUGGCAAUAAAAUUGCCAGUUUAAUGAUUUUCUUUUUCUCCAAGUGUGACACUUUUAAAGUUGGACUGUUUCCUCAGUGAUGAAGAUUGACUGAACGGAGGAAAAUUAUUCAGCUACUCUGUACAGAUGCGCUUUUUACCAACCCCCUUUGUUGUUUUUAACUCGCAUCAGUUUGUGCUUCUGGUUAAAUAUGGAAAACAAAAAUACUGUAAGUUUUCCCAGAGUGGGCGGGGACUUAUUUUUAUUCACCUCCAGUAAAGGCUUUUAUUUUUCAGUUCCUCGUUGUGACUGAUAACUCGACUCUUAAGUUGAGGCGGUGAACCUGAGCUCAUCCUAAUCAGACUCAUUCUGAUGCAAAAAUUAAUUUUUGCUUGUCAUUCUGUACCAACAGAAAUCACUUAAUGAGAGACUUCAGAAUGUCCAAUAAAGACUUCCCAAAACAAGGCAAAACAAAAUGUUUUAAUGCCUGUUUCUUUUGGUUUUAUAUGAUCAUCCCAUGGUUUGCCUUGUCCCAAUUGCAUAUUACAUAGUAGUUUGUGCUCUACACCAUGUCCCAAAAAUAUGUGCAGACGAUGUUGUGCAAAUUAAUUUCAAAGGCUCUUGUUGUUUAUAUUUUUCUUUUUGUCAGAAAAUCCCAUUUUUGAAAAAGCAACAGAGGGGAGAUGCAUACCCCAUAUACCACACAUUGAAUAUAGGCUAUUUUAUAUAUAUAUAUGUAUGUAUAUACAUAUAUAUAUACUCUAUAUUUGCCCCACCACAGUUUUUACACAACAUAUUCGGUCUCUACGCAGCCCGUCCUGUGUCAUCGAUUGGAGAAAAUACAAUCACGUCACAGCAAACAUUACUUUGUGGCAAAGAAAAAAUUAAACGUGGGAACGAGGAAAGGCGUCGCCACAAAAUCAUGUUGGCUGAGACCUGAUUUUAUUUUUAAAAAAAUGUUUACUUUCACAAAAGCGUUUUCGUAAAGUGUGGCCAGGAUUUCCGAUCUCUUUCCAGCGUUUUACUGUUCGUGGCCACGUGAUAUUGUUUUCCGCCCGUCACUGUCACCUGACGGGCUCGGUAGGUCUCUAACUUGGCGUUUUGUGCAAACGGCUCCGAAUGUUAAUCUUGUGGAGAAGCACUUCCGGGUGAUGUUCCCACCAAGUUUGGUGAAAAUCCGUCCAUGCGUUGCUUAGUUAUUUUGUACACUCACACACACGCACACUUUUCUAUGGAACUACACGUGCAACAUUGCGACCUAUGAAAUGUGUUUUUAAUCAUUUGUGCAAAACGAUGCCGGGUCCGGAUACAAACAACACUGCUUAGUUUUGAUGUCUUCAUGGGAUUUAACGACAACUGGGAAAAUAUAGAAUCUGACUCUCACAUGAGACGGAACAUUCUGAUUAUUAUAGUUGGAGAACUGGUUUGAGUGUAUCACUUACAGAGAUGUAACCUGUACAGUUCGCCUCCUGUUCUUACCUUCUCAUGCAGAUGUGCUGCGCUUUUUGAUUUAUGUUUUUUUUUCUUCUGGACAAAGUUAUUUCAUAUUCCUAUUGUAUCGCAUCGCAUUCUGUCCUCCGGGAGCUUUAUCAUCAAACCAUUACUUCGUCGUCAUUGCACUACAUGUAAAUAAAGCGUCUCCUUCACAUUAUAUAUGCACAUUGUAAAUUAAUUCACAAAUAUUGGAUUUCAGCUGUUUCCUUCUGGAUGACUGUUUUAGUUUUAGUUUUGUACAGUGUACAAACGUUAUCGCUCUGAGCUGUGUCAUCUUCAACUUGUAUGUGAUUCAGUUAUUUUUCAUUAUGAUUUUUUUUUAACACCGUGAACCACACUGCACCUGUAAUGUAUCUUAAUCAUUUUUUUAUUAUUUUUUUUAACGAACAGUUGACAAAGCGACUAAUAAAUGCAUGAGACAUUAAAUGUGACCCGUGACGAUGCUGCUUCUCUCUCUCGCUCCGACUGGUUUUGUUUUUCGUCCAUCGACCGUAAAAGGUUUCAGUGUGAAAUUUAAAAGAAAUUUUAAAAAAAGAUUCCGCCAUGCGGAGAAUUUUUUUGAUGUCAUUCCGGUUUGUAUCUCUGGUUUUUAAAACUGCAUGAGUAAAGGUGUGUGUAUCUACGGCUCCUUCUCCUUUCCCCCUUUUUGGUUCCUCCUCGUGUCAAGAAGACACGUACUUGUCUUCAAUAUGAUGAUGUUUUGUUCUUUUAAUUCUGGGAACUUCAGUCGAGCUCAAUCUCUUUUUUCAAAGCUGUUUUCUGCUUGAAAAGAAAUCGACCGAUGACGACGUCGCACACAACCAGACUGUUCACAUCUUAUUCCAGAGUACACCACACUGUGUGAGUACUGGUUCAAAUCCUGCGUAUACCUAGUAUUUUUUAUGUACUUUUAACUGGAAUAACACUAGUUCAAAGUUGCUUCCUGUAGUUCAUGAUCUUCUGUUCUGUCCAUAUGUAAACUAUUAAUUGUGGAUUAACAACUUUUCUAUGCUCCCGAUAUUUUCUUUCUUUCUUCUUUUUUUUUCUUCUUUUUCUUGACGCUUUAGCUAGCAAUAUGUAUAUAAAUAUAUUCUAUGUGCUAACAUGGAGCAAAUAAAUGUAUCAGCAAUC